CUAUGGAAGGAAACAGGUGGAAAAUAUUAGUUACGAGUGAUAGUACUUUAAUAUGGAUGUAAUUGAUGACGGUGUUGCCCAGGACUGGAGAAAUAUGUUAGGCAGGAGAUGCUUGUAUAGUGGUUGUGUUGUUAUGGCGGUGAAGUAACUCACUAUAUUACACCAUCAAUCAUGGCUCGCAGGAAAGAUUCCAAACUGGAGAAGCUGCGAGCUGAGGAAUAUGAUCUUGACACCAAAUUGCGAGAGGCUGGGGUGUUUGAGGAAGGAUUGGAUGUUGAGAUGAAGAAAAUCGUGUUGCAAGCUCUGGAGGAUUCAAGAAAGUCAGCUCAAGAGGAGGAGCAUCAGCGGAAACAGUGGCAACGACAAGAGGAAAAUACAUUUUCAGAAACACUUAAAAAAUCCUUUAAAAGAAGUUGCGAGGAAAAAUGUCAGGGUGAAGUUGGUUCUAGUGCUGAGCAUGGAAAUGAAGAAAAUUCUGGUGACUCUGAUGUUGUGGCUCUUCCCUCAGAAGAUGGAGCUGACACAAACUGCCUCUCAGGUAGUGGUUCUGUUACUCCUGACUUAGAUCUUGUCUGUUCAGGGUCUCCAGAAGUGAUGGUAUCAAGUGAGUCUCCUUCACCUUGUUCCUUAACUCAUGCAGCAACUAUGGUGGCUAACAACCAGCCUUCUCCAGGUAAAGCAGGAGAAUCUCAAGCUCAACCUUCUAAUUCAGAAGAGGACUUAUUUUGUGAGUCACAAAAUUCAAAAGCCACAAAUGUGUUAAAAACAAUUCCUCGAAGACGUUGUCAGCAAAUUAAUAAGGUGAAUGACAGUCAGUCGUUCACAACAUCCACUGCCAAUCAGGAAACUGUUGAAGUAGAAGAGAAAGACUCUAGUAAUAUUUCAAAAUGUGAUAAAAAAAAUAAAUAUUUUUCAAAUAGCUGUCAAAUUGUAGAGCCUAGAAGACCAUUAAAGAGAUCAUCUAGUGUGGAAGUAGUUCCAUCACCAAGUGUCAAAUCAGAAAAAUGUCAGAGCCAAACAUAUUUACUCUCUCAGCCCUGUUCCUCCUUAAAUGGCAGCAGAUAUAGUUGGCAAAGAGGAUUUGGGGAAGUGGAUGGAGUUCAAUUAUUGUCUCAAGGUACCGGUCAGAAGAAAUCAUUAGAAAAUCUCGCCCCAUCUAGCAGCCCCCCAAAAAAGGCUAAAAAUUUACAAGAGACAACAGUUUCAAACUCUCUUGAGGUUCAGGCGAUGCAACAUACAUUGGAGCCAACAGUUGAUGAUGAUGAUGAUGAUGAUUUCAUUCUCCCUACUCCAAGCGAGUCAUUAAGCACUGGCACAACGGUAAAGGGUCUUGGAUUGCAGUCUUUUCCCACCAGGGAAUAUCAGAAUAAAUUACAAAACCAUAAACUAUUACAAAAAGAAAAGACUAUCGAUGAUGAAAACAUGAUUCUAGAGAGAGUAUCACAAGAAGUUAGAUGUUCAACCACGAAAAAUGAUUCUCAACUUGUUGAUGAAGAAAAAGAAAAUACAUCAAUUACAAACAUGGAUUUGUCAGAUAAUGAGGAAAAUCUUAGUUAUAACUUUAAAAGUGACAGAAAAAGAAAAGUAAAUGUGUUUUUUAUUGAAGAAAAUCCUGAUAUCCCCCUCAAGAGGCAGCGAUUGAGUAAGAAAGAGAAACCAUCUAAAGCAUAUUUUAAGAACAAAGAGGAAUCGACACAUGACUGUGUCCUAAGAAUUUUGGAAAUGUUUAAUGCUAUGGUAAAAAGUGUGGGGGAAUAUCAAGUUAAAAAUAUUAUGUAUAAAAUGAAGUGGUCAUCCCCACUUACAGUAGAUAAAAGAUUGAAGGACUCCUUAGAACGUUCAAAAUUUCAGACUAGAAAACAAGUUUUAGACUCAGAAGCUAGUAAUCAAAAUGUAUCGCCACGGAGAUCUGUAAGGAAUUCUAGUAAGGCAUCUGAAGCUUAUGAGGCAGACUCUCACUUGUCAGAAGAUUCUCUGCCUGAUGUUUGCCACAAUGAUGAAAACUGGAUUGCUGCUCGUGAAAAAAAAGAAAGGAGAAAAAGGGGACUAAGUUUGGGUCUUAGUCAUAAACAGCCAAAAUUACCAGAAAGAAAAGAUGAAGCAUUAUACAGUAAUCAAGAUUAUAAGAAAAGUGUUGUUUAUGAUUCAGACGAUAUGGAUGAUUUAGAAAUUUUCUCUUCUCAUUCACGGCAAAAGUUUACAUCUGACCAAAUAGAGAUAGAGAGAUCUUCAACCCCAAAGGACACAAAUAUAGAAUAUCCCGAAGUCUCAUCCUCAAAGAUAUGUGAUGGCGAAGUUGAGAAAAUUGGUGAUACAUUUGACAACAUGGAAAAUAUCAAAGUAAGUAGUCAGAUGUCAGAAGAUAAAGAUUUGUCUAGUCCGGAAAUAAAAAAAAUGGCUAAUAACAAGAGACGUAAGGUUGAUGUCUCAUUAUUUCCAGAGGACAUUACAGAGUGUAAGCCUUGCUCAGGGGUAAAUAGGCCAUAUAAACGCCCUUUGAGGAAAACUUUCAUGUUAUUUGAUGACAACGAGCAGCAGAAUAUUUUUGAUGCUGAACCCAGCAAUUCUGCUCAGGAUGUUGAGACAUUAGGGCAGCCAGAUCCCACUUUGGAUAUACAGUCACCCUCUCAACAGUUGACAGGUCAGAACAUGAGUUCAGUAAGUAAAUCUAUAGCCAAAAGUUUUGGACAGUCAGCAGUUCAGAAAGAUUGUUCAGGAAGAAAAGUAAAUGCUUGCAAUUUUGUAAGCUUUUGUCAAAGAGAGGAGGAUGGUGAACUAAAGGUUGGUCCAAGCAGUAAUGUUGAAAUCUGUAUUGUUGAAGACAGCACCUUACCUGGUACAAGUGGCUGCAGCAACUCUGCUAGAUGUAUCAACAAAGUUUCUACAAGAGGCAAAGCUCUUCAAAACCAGAUACGCCCUGGCCCCCUUAAAUUGAAGAAAAAUUGCAUUAGAAAUAAAGGUGAAUCAGAAGCCUCAGGAAAAGAGGUUACAGGAUCAGUUGGAUCUCAGCAGAUUUUUUCUAAUGUUGAGUCAUCAAGUCAGGGGUUUAAUGAUAAUGAACAAGCAUGCAGUACUGAAACGAUGGAAGACAUUAAUAAAAAUAUGAUGCCAUGUCCUCUCUGCCAAAAAUUAUUCUCUAUAGAACAGAUUGAGGUUCAUGCGUCAGAUUGUUCCGAGGGACCAGAGGAACCACAAAAAUUGUCAAAGGAAGCUGGAAGAAAAGGUAAACGAAGGCAAAAUCAGAGAGGACAGGUGGCAGAAGAUGUAGAGAUUGAACAAGCAACUAUUAAUACAAAGUUAUCAGAUGUCUCCAAAUCAGACAAAACACAGACACCAGCUGGCCAUGAGAGAUGUACAUUUUGCAAGAAAGUUUUUAAGGAAGGUGAUGACUAUUUAAUUCAUGUCCAGUCAUGUAAACAUAUGGAGGAUAUAAGAGAGAGCAUUGGUUCUCCAGUGACAAGUAGGACUCCAGGAAUUAAGAGUGCUAAACCAGGCGGGGAUGCACAUAAUCCAAACCUCGUUAUGGGGAGACUCAGACGUAAUAUUAGAACUGAAAGUCUCUUUGACCACCUGGAAGAGAAAUUGCUUCAGAAAUGGAAUAUGAAGAAGUGUAUUGUAAAAAUAUAUGGCAAGCACUGGAAUUAAAAGCACCUAAAAUCCCUCACUUUUUUUUUUUUUUUUUCCAACAAGUCGGCCGUCUCCCACCGAGGCAGGGUGACCCAAAAAAGAAAGAAAAUCCCCAAAAAGAAAAUACUUUCAUCAUCAUUCAACACUUUCACCACACUCACACAUUAUCACUGUUUUUGCAGAGGUGCUCAGAAUACAAUAGUUUAGAAGCAUGCACAUAUAAAGAUACACAACAUAUCCCUCCAAACUGCCAAUAUCCCAAACCCCUCCUUUAAAGUGCAGGCAUUGUACUUCCCAUCUCCAGGACUCAAGUCCAACUAUAUGAAAAUAACCGGUUUCCCUGAAUCCCUAAACUAAAUAUUACCCUGCUCACACUCCAACAGAUCGUCAGGUCCCAAGUACCAUUCGUCUCCAUUCACUCCUAUCUAACACGCUCAUGCACGCUUGCUGGAAGUCCAAGCCCCUUGCCCACAAAACCUCCUUUACCCCCUCUCUCCAACCCUUUCGAGGACGACCUCUACCCCGCCUUCCUUCCCCUAUAGAUUUAUAUGCUUUCCAUGUCAUUCUACUUUGAUCCAUUCUCUCUAAAUGACCAAACCACCUCAACAACCCCUCUUCUGCCCUCUGACUAAUACUUUUAUUAACUCCACACCUUUUCCUAAUUUCCACACUCCGAAUUUUCUGCAUGAUAUUUACACCACACAUUGCCCUUAAACAGGACAUCUCCACUGCCUCCAACCGUCUCCUCGCUGCUGAAUUUACCACCCAAGCUUCACACCCAUAUAAGAGUGUUGGUUCUACUAUACUUUCAUACAUUCCCUUCUUUGCCUCCAUAGAUAACGUUUUUUGACUCCACAUAUACCUCAACGCACCACUCACCUUUUUUCCCUCAUCAAUUCUAUGAUUAACCUCAUCCUUCAUAAAUCCAUCCGCCGACACGUCAACUCCCAAGUAUCUAAAAACAUUCACUUCUUACAUACUCCUCCUCCCCAAUUUGAUAUCCAAUUUUUCUUUAUCUAAAUCAUUUUAUACCCUUAUCACCUUACUCUUUUCUGUGUUCACUUUCAACUUUCUACCUUUACACACAUUCCCAAACUCAUCCACUAACCUUUGCAAUUUUUCUUUAGAAUCUCCCAUAAGCAAAGUAUCAUCAGCAAAAAGUAACUGUGUCAAUUCCCAUUUUGAAUUUGAUUCCCCAAAAUUUAAUCCCACCCCUCUUCCGAACACCUCACAUAGGCAUAUAAUAACACUGUCACAAUUUAAUCCUUAUUCUCUAAUAUUGUGCUCUCUCUUUUCAAUUAAUGAUCAUUUAUGAGUUUAGAAUUUUUGUUUUGAUGUAUGUUAGUUUCUAGCCUGUGAAAUUUUAUUUGAUGUAUGUUAGUGUUUUCUUUACCCCCCUUGAAAUUUUAUGUACAUUAAAUUCCUCAUCCAAGAAAAUAGUUUAUUUUUGUAUGAGGGCACAAUUUUUAAGAUUAAUAUAAGAUGUCAGUCAUAUCCUAGAUAUUGUAUACCUAUAAUUAUGUAGCUUCAUAAAUGAGAGUGCUAUAUAGCUUCAAACAUGAAAACUGCUGUAUUCAGUUACAGUACCUAGAAGGUGCCAGCUGGCAAUAGUAUAUUAAAUUUUAUUUACAAAGCU